GGAAACAGCUGUGCGCUCGCGCCGCUGCGCGCUCCCGCCGCCACUUCGGUGUUCAGAGCUCGAAACGUCCCGUCGAGCGGACCCGGGCGCUGGCUUGGCACGCGGGCCCGCAAGAUGACCAUCAACACCAUGGCCAAAGGGGGGUGGCAGCGGGAGCAAAUGGUCUGCUUCAGGAAGAUGGAGAAAGUGAUUGUGGCCAUGCAGGACCCCGACAUGGGGAUGAAGAUGAGAAACCAGAGGCUCCUCAUCACCGUUAUUCCACACGCCAUGACAGGUCAUGACAUAAUUACGUGGUUGCUCCAGAAGUACAACAUCUGUGAGGAGGAGGCUCUGCAUCUUGGCGACAUGCUGGUGAGAUACGGAUACAUUUACCCCCUGAAGGAGCCGCGCUCCCUGGUGUUACGGACCGACGAGACGCCUUACCGCUUCCAGACUCCGUAUUUCUGGACUUCCACAAGGUGGCCGGCCACAGAGCUGGACUAUGCAAUAUAUUUGGCUAAAAAGAACAUCAGAAAACAAGGAGAGCUAAUGGAAUACGAAAAGGAACGGUACAGUCUGUUGCACAAGAGGAUCAACCACACCUGGGACUUUGUGGUGAUGCAAGCCAGAGAGCAGCUCAGGGCAUCCAAGCAGAGGAGGAAGGCGGACCGCAUUGUUCUAGAAUGUCAGGAGCAGGCCUACUGGCUCAUCAACAGACCCCCGCCUGGGGUGCAUAACGUGUUGGAAAUGGGUCUAGAGCGACCGAAUAACUUCAGUACGAGAGUCACGCUGAACAGCGACUACUACAAAAGAGAGAUUGAAACAUGCCGACGUGCCCUCGGAAGAAACCGCGUCAAGUCCUCCAUCUGCUUAGAGAGUUUUGUGAAAUACAGCGAGCAGUACCAGAGCCACGAUCCCAUUAUGCAGGGCUGCCUUCCCAGUAACCCCUGGAUCUCUGAUGACACAGCGUACUGGACGAUGAACACGGAAAUCGUGCCGGUGCCGACGCGGCUUCGGGUGGAGAGCUGGAGCUUCAGCUUCAUGGAGCUCCUGGGAGACACCAUGGGGAGGCGCGAGUUCAUGACCUACCUGGAGAAAGAGUUCAGUGCGGAGAACCUGUGCUUCUGGGAGGCGUGCGAGGACAUCCGGCACGGGGAGAGCUCCCGGAUCCCGGAGAAGGUGGAGGACGUUUACAGCAAUUUUCUGGCUCCCGGAGCCGCCCGUUGGGUCAACAUCGACAGCAAGACCAUGGCCAAGACCUUAGAGGGGAUCAAACAGCCGCACCGCUUCGUCCUGGACGACGCGCAGAUGCACAUUUACUUCCUCAUGAAGAAGGACUCCUACCCCAGGUACCUGAAGUCCGACCUCUACAAAAACAUGCUGGCCAAAGCUAUUGUCCCUCAGGAAACCAAGAAAAGCGUGUUCCCCUUCAUGAGGCGCCAGCGGCAUUCCAGCCCCUCCCCAGCUCAGGCCGCCUCCCAGGCAGCGGAAGAGGCAGGUGCCAACUCAGCCGCCGGCUCACACGUCUGAUGGAGGAGCGACCUAAAAAAAUAAGUAAAUGGAGAAAAAAAAGAGUAGGACUCAGUCACGGCCAUCAUUGUUUCAGUCAGUCACCACAGCAACAUCUACGGAGCGCGUCUUUUCUUUAGUUUUUCUUCUAUGCGAGAGGCAGCUUAGGGCAUCCGGUCAGAGUAAAAAUGUUCUUCCUGGAGCCGCAAACAGCAGCGAAGGAGCUUUUAGUGCAACUGAUAUGCAUCCCACCUCAGCCCAAAUAUCGUGUCCGUUUGUUUUUAGAUGUUCUUCCUCAUUUCUAGUGUCCCCUCUUUAAGCCACACAUCCGAUAGUAGAAUUCCUCAUUAAUGGGAUCUGGUUAAAGGCUUGUUAAGACAUCUAGUGUGUAUUUGCCUCAGCGUGUCUGUGAGCUCUAUAGCCCGUUUGCCUGCUUCACCCCAUAGAGGAGCUGCACUUGGGUUUUGCUGCUGUCCGUUUUGCAUGUUCUCAUUCCAAUAAAAUGUCAGAACGG